AUGCUGGAGAGCGUUUGUGUGAUAAUAUCCGAUCUCGGACGAUAUCCCCCACAAGUCGGGAUGGAGGCCCUCAAUCUUCUGAUCCGGGAAGGUGUUAUGAAACGCUGGGGUCAGUCACCUGACGCUUCCAAUGGAGGUCGUUACUUCGAAGCCUCUAAAGACGCUGUGAGGAGUACCCUCCAGGAUGCUGCUCUAGCACUGGAAAAUAGUGACAUGUCUGGUAAAGCCCCCGUUCCCAAGUUCCUGAGGAGCAAACUGCUCUCUGUCAUUGUGGAAAUAUGUAUCCGAGACUGGCCCUCUGCAUGGACGGACAUCAUCACUGUCCUCGGCAAUAGCGCCGCUGCCGCCAAUGAUUGUGAUCAAGCAUGUUUUACUAUUGACCUUGUAUCGGAGUUGGCGGAGGCUACUGAUACGAAGGAGGGCUACGUCCUGGCUGCUAAUCGUCGGAAGGCUUUAGUGGUGGGCUUUUCGGAGUUCCAGCCGAUCCUCUUCGAGAUGCUCAAGCACUUCCUCUCGGCCUUCCCUGACAGAGUCCAGUUCAGCCUCAGCACAGUCCGCAUGCUCCGAGCACUAUGUGUGAUGUUCUGUCGAUGUGACUUCCUCCUCACCCUGGAGAUCGACGUUUAUCUGAUGAACAUCCUGGCCAACACUACGGACCGUCAUCUAGCUCUUGAAGUUAUAUCAACUCUACAGGUCUUCGCAGAGAAUAUAUCCAAGCCACGGCCAGUGUCCUUGCCUGAUAGCAUGAGGCCUUGCAGUGAGGCUGAGCUGGGCCGCCUCAUACUUGCCAUAUGCAGUCUCUCGGAGAGGGUCCACGUGGCCUCCAUCACAGCGUCCCAAUCGUCGGUUUACGAGAUGCACCGUCAAACCGCGUACCUCAUCCAGCAAAUGGUCGAGAGUGCGACCAACUCCUUCUUGGUCCACCACCCUGAACACCUCGGUGCUGCUCUACAAGCCAUUAAGCUGAUGUGGAAUUACCCAUCGCCUUACCUACAGCUCUGUGCGUCGACAGCUCUGGAGCUUCUGGCCCGACGAGUAUGCUCGCGGGCUGUGGCCGGCGUCAAGAACAACAGCGGAGUUAGUGACCAGCCGUGCCGCAUGGCGGUGUGGAACCAAGCGGAUACACUAGCAGAGUACUUCUAUCACCUCUGGGUGGUAUGCCAACAAGAGCCCCAGGCGGCAUGUACUGACCUCUGUCAACAUUACCGCACGGUCGGUAUGGGUUCCAACGCCGGGGAUGUCCCCAUCAACGCGUACUGCGCUGUAUGGAAGAGGCUCUCCGAGGAAGAUGCCGAGGCCUAUGGUGAUGACGUUGACAUGAUAGUGGGCAAGUCCAAGAGCUGCGCUUUGAUCACACUCCGUACCAUACUGUCUAUACCCGACACUGAGGUGUCCAUGCGACAUACAACGGCCGUUAGGGUUGCUGCUACAAUCCUGGAGCGCGAUGAACUCAGCCUUAAAGAGUAUUCGGCUGCUCUGAAUCUACUAGAGUGUCUCUUGAAGCCGUUCGUAUUGCCGAGCAAACCCAACGGUCAGACAGUCGCGGACCCCAAGGCUAAUCUGGACGAGACAGAGCUGAGGAGUCUUCUGUCUAACAUUGUGGCUAGGGCAUGUGUGACCUCCUUCUCGACAACAGCUAGUUGGACUCCGGAGCACUUGAAGAGGUUUUACGACUUCAUACCAUGUGCUGUGGAGAGGCUGCCUUCCAACGUCUUGGGAGGGUUGAUAGAGAAAUGCAUGAGCGAUGGUUCGAGGCCACCGACCAUGCCUGAUGGAUCCCUUAAUGUCCCUAUGAUGACUACAGCCCAGAAUGCUGUACUGUGUAUGUGCAAGAAACUAUCGGGGAUGGACCUUGAUAAGGCCCAGCUGAUCUCCUCCCUUGCCGGGGUGAGUCGCUCCCACGGUGUUCUGUCCUGUUCCUGGGCGGUGGAGGGCCUCCUCUUGUUGGGUCUCUCCCCUGCUGAGUCUAAGUGUAUCUACGAUGAAGUGGCUACGACCCUCAUCAGAGUCACAGAGGAAGGCUGCCGUUUCGAGUGUAUCGCCAUCGACACUGCCGAGGACAUAGCUAGGAAGGCUAUUCGUCUCCUGACAAUGUGCCUGAGCUGCCUCUCUGCAGCAGAGGCCGCUGAGGAAAGGGAUACUAGCAGCCCUCAAGAGAGCUCUGAGAUGGACCAGGUGCUGGUAGAGUUCGCUAACUCGAUCACUCCUCCAGUAAUGAAGUGGAUGACUCUUUUGCACAACAGAUGUUCGGGUUCCUGGUGGAUACCCCAGUCCGAACGUAGGGCGAGUAGCGCUGCGGAAGACCAGUUGGUGGACAUGUGUCAUGACGAGUGGACCUCUAUAAUGGGCCACAAGCCGCCAUGCACUGUCGAGGCCAUGUUCCCCCUCCCUACAGCGACCCCAGCAUGCAGCGACAAAUCUCGACGGCAACUCUAUCAGUUGCGCUGUAACGUGUAUCGAACCUUAGGAGCACUGGCAAGGGUACCAACGCUGAAGUGCCGCCUUAUUGAGUUGGUCGGUGCGGCAGUCAGCGCUGCUCAGUCAGGGAGGACAUCACCGAAUCACCUAGAGCUUCUUCUGCGUUACGCCUUGCAGCCCGGCCUCAAGGAUGCAUCCAGUGGUCCUCUGGUUGAGGCCUCCACUAUUCUUUACUCAAACAUUCCUUCAGCUCUCUGGAAGGUCUACGAGAAGGGUGCUCCACAAGGCGACAAGACUGGGACCACGAGUCUGCUGUUCUACUCUGCUGUAGCUAGGUGUGGCAGGACUCUUCUGGACGGCAUCAGAGAGCUCCUCAAGCUAGCACAGGUGGACACUGGAGUCGACCUCAGACUUGCUCCUGCCAAGCGGCCUUCCUUACCCGCUAAUCGGAAGUCUCUAACUAAGCGGCAGUUGCGCAACCGUAAUCACUUUGCGGGACUGGACAUGAUAGACUCCGACGACGAGGCAGAAGAUCGGGAUGACGGUGAUGAUGUCGUGGCCUAUUUGAACGAUCGACAAUUGAUAAAGUCCCUCCUCACAGCGCUGUCGAGUCUACUGCCCAUCCCUCAUUUGACGUUAUCUGUUCUCAAUCUUAUGAAUGCCACAACCUGUCGCUGCUGGACGGCCCUACCCGAAUCGGUCGAGACACGGCAGAACUUCUGCCUAUCUCUAGUGGACUGCUUCCUACGCCCUGCUCUGGAGAACCUUAUAGCUUUGCCUCAGUUGGCGUACCUCGGUGGUGAUGGAGCUCUCACUGACCUCCUGGGAGAUUCAGGCCGGAAGCAGACUCCUCUUCUUGAUGGUGUUGUUAAACUCACUACUACUGGGUACCUGGUCUUAGCUGAGCUCUUCCGCCGUCAAUGCGAUGUGGCUGGCGCACCAUCUACGGUGGAUGAGCUAUUCCUUUGUCCACCACUCUUCGAGGCCACCAAGAUGCUAUGUACUUUCACUCAAGAUGACGAUGGCGUUAAAGGUUGGAUCGAACUGCUCAUUGAUACGAAACAGGCGAAUAGUAUGACUCGCAAGCAGGUGGGCAGCAGUCUCAAGGGAAUGCUGAAGAAUAAGGGCAAGGCAGAAAGCAAGGUGGUGGUCGUUGGAGAGCAGGGAGGAGAUAAAAAACUGCUCGAUAGCGUUGCUGGCAAGUCUAGUGCUAGUAGCUGAUUAGGGCAUAGCUGUUAGCUUCACGAUCAUCACUGUCCGCUCUUGCAUUACCGUUAAUAUUAAUC